AUGUCUUCCUUGAACAGCAAAUACGCAGGCGCUAAGACAGGCGUCUUCUGGGACAUUGAGGAUUGUCCAAUCCCUAAUGGUCUCGAUCCUGUUUCGGUUUAUCGGAAUAUCAAAACAGCUCUCGCGAAUCAAGGUUAUCGUGGUGAGGUUACAAUCAAGGCUUUCAAAGAGAAGAAGACGAUUCGAAAUGACUUUGAACUCGCAGGAAUCAACUUGGAAAUUGCAGGAGAUAAACAUGGGAGAUUUACUAGUAUGUAUCACGCAUUUUUUAGCUGGGUACUUCAGAAUCGUGAUACUACAAAUCUGUUGAUAAUCUCGAGAGACAAGACGGAGUUCGUCACUUUUCUCCAAGAUUCUGUUGGGGAAAAUUACAAUGUUCUCGUAGCAGAGUCUGAAGACCCGCCGGAGAAAUGUAGCAAGUGCGGAGUUGCGUUGGACAAGCCUCCUUUCACCAAAAAGCCGGUUUUCGGUAAUGAAGAAUGGUUUUGGACAAGCCUAGCAAAUGGAGGAGAUCCUAUCACCACCAUAACCAAAUGCAAAAAACCGAAGGUUACUCAAGAAGACUAG